AUGCUCGCUCUUCCCGCCGCCGCCGUGCUGGGGCUGCUGCUCCUGGGGGUGCUCCACGCCCUCCCGCAGGGUCGAGCCCCCACGGACCCCUGUGCUGGAGACCCCAACCGCUACUAUGACAAGACUGCCGGGAGGUGCUGUUACCGCUGCCCUGUGGGGUCGUCCCCGCAGCACCUGUGCCCGCAGGGGCCAUCCGACUGCAGGAAGCAGUGCCAGCAGGACUACUACCUGGGCAGCGCCAACCGGUGCACAGCCUGUGUGACCUGCAAAGGCGACCAGGUAGAGAAGCAGCCAUGUUCGCAGAACUCCCCCCGCGUCUGUGAGUGCCGGGCCGGCAUGUACUGUGCCACGUCAGCCUCCAACUCCUGUGCCCGCUGCGUCCCCCACUCCACCUGCCCCCCAGGGACGAUGGUCAAGUCUCCCGGCACCGCGCAGAGGGACACCGUCUGUGAGCCCCGCUCCCCAGGGGCCAGCCCUGCCUGCAGCGCGGGCCGGAAGGACUGCAGGGCGCCUGCCAGCGGCACCACCCCCCGGGCCCAGCCCGUCCUGACCUCAGCCAGCUCUGAAGCCAGGACCCCGCUUCUUGAAGGGGACACUCCUCUCACCCCCGAAGCAGAUUCCAAAAUGCUGAGGGCUCCCAAUGUUCUCUCCUCCGUGGGGAAGCCCCGUCUGGAUGCAGGACUGUCCCCGCAGCACCUGUGCCCUCUGGGGUCCGCCGACUGCAGGAAGCAGUGUGACCGGGACUACUACCUGGACAAGGACGGCCGCUGCACAGCCUGCGUGACCUGCUCAGGAGAUCACCUCGUGGAAAAGACGCCUUGCACGUGGAACUCCUCCCGCGUCUGUGAAUGCCGACCUGGCAUGUUCUGUGCCACGUCAGCCAGGAACUCCUGUGCCCGCUGCGUCGCCUGCCCGGUCGUCCCGCCCAAGGGGGUCACCGCAUGCCCGGGUAAAGACACCACCCAUGAGCCGCCUCACCUGGGGACCCACCCUAACCGCAGCACCCACCCAGAGGACAGCGAGGUGCCCGCCAGCACCAGCGCCUCCCAGAUCUCCUUCCCCGACGCCCAGCCCGGGAAGGGGCUCAGAGGAGGCGCCACCCAUGCCCAGGAGGACGCCCCCCCCUCCACAAGUGCCCCUGUCUCUUUCUCCUCCGCGGGGAGACCCAUCCUGGUCUCAGGACCCAUGCUCCUCUGGCUGCUGGCGCUGCUGGCAGGGGUGGUCAUUGCCGGCUCCUUCCUCCUGUGCCACCGCAGAGCCUGCUGGAAGUGGAUGCAGCAGAAGCUGCACCUGUGCUACCCGGUCCAGACCUUCAGGCCCAAGCCCGAGCCUGCGGAUGCCAGGCCCCCGAGGAACCAGCCAGAGCUGAGGAGCCUGUUGGUGACGGAGCCCCACACAGAGAGGUUGGGGUUCACCAGCCCCCCGGCUGUGGAGUCCUGCACCCACGUGGGGGCCGCCGGCCUGGAGAGCCUGCCGCUGGUGGGGGCCAGUCCAGCCGGGACCCCCUCGUCCCCCAGGGACCUUCCUGAGCCCCGGGUCACCACGGAGCAUACCAACAACAGGAUUGAGAAAAUCUACAUCAUGAAGGCCGACACCGUGAUCGUGGGGACCGUGAAGACGGAGGCGCCCGAGGGCCGGGGCCUGGUGGGGCCGGCGGGGCCGGCGGGGCCGGUGGAGCCGGUGGAGCCGGAGAUCGUGGAGGAUCUGGAGGCGGACCAUGCCCCGCACUACCCGGAGCAAGAGACGGAGCCACCGCUGGGCAGCUGCUCGGACGUCAUGUUCUCCGUGGAGGAGGAAGGGAAGGAGGACCCCUUGCCCGAGACGGCGCCGUCUGGGAAGUGA